UCGGUUAAUAAUGUCGACACUCUAUUGAUACUCUUUCGUUCGGUAUCACCUUUUGAUUAUUUUUCCUUUUUUCAUCCUAAUAAUAUUUCUUUUCUUUUCCGUCCUUUCUGCCUUCCUUUCUCACUUCUCUCAUGAACCAUCCAAUGUUGUUAUAUGAAUGUCCUUCCCCCACCAAACUACUCUUAUAAAAACCUCCCUUAUUUCCUCAAAAAUAUUACUACUACUUCAAAAUCUCAUCUAAUAUCUUAGAAAAAAUUCUCAAAUUUUAUUUUAUCACAAAAAAAUAAAGAAAAAAAUCAUGUCUAAAAUAACAUGUUACUAUAUGCUAUCUCCGCUGCUUCUUCUCCCAGCGAUGGUAGCAGCGGAAUGCAGUUGUGAAACUAAUGAGUUAACCGGCGACAGCAAAUCCCUGACUCUAAAAUUCAAGCUGGGCGCCAUAGGAGCUAUCCUAGGCGCAAGCGCUAUCGGGGUAGGGCUGCCUAUGCUAGGCAAACGGGUGUCCAUCUUACGGCCUGAAAAUGAUAUAUUCUUCAUGGUUAAGGCCUUUGCUGCAGGAGUGAUCCUGGCUACUGGCUUCAUUCACAUACUUCCUGGUGCUUUCGAAGGGCUUACAUCGCCGUGCAUCGACGAAACACCCUGGCAAAACUUUCCUUUCGCGGCGUUUAUUGCUAUGGUGGCUUCUAUUGGGAGCCUCAUGGUGGAUUCCCUUGCUACAGGGCAUUAUAGAAAGGUUCAUUUUGGUGGAAAUAAUAACAAUAGUAAAGAAGGCUCUAAUAAAGUGGUGGAUGAAGAGAGGAAUGAUGAGCAUGCUGGUCACGUGCAUGUUCAUACUCAUGCUACUCAUGGUCAUGCUCAUGGUCAUGGUGGUGGCUCUUUUGUCACUGAGAGUGGAGAAUUUGGGGAAGAAUUGAGUAAGCUUGAGCUCAUUAGACAUCGUGUUACUGCUCAGGUGUUAGAGUUGGGAAUUGUGGUGCAUUCCGUUAUCAUAGGUAUAUCAUUGGGCACAUCUGAAAGGCUUGAUACCAUAAAACCUCUUAUGGCUGCUUUAUGCUUCCAUCAAUUCUUCGAGGGUAUGGGACUUGGUGGCUGCAUCACUCAGGCGAAGUUCAAAUCACGAUCUAUGGCAACAAUGGCAUUGUUUUUCUCACUCACAACACCAAUAGGGAUCGCCAUUGGUAUCGCGAUAGCUGGUGUCUACGAUGAGAAAAGCCCUCGUUCACUGAUCAUCCAAGGGAUAUUCGAGGCAGCUGCGGCAGGAAUCUUGAUAUACAUGGCACUUGUUGACCUAUUAGCUGCAGACUUCAUGAAUCCAAGGAUGCAAGCAAACACUAGGAUUCAAUUUGGCUCACAUUUAUCUUUACUUCUUGGUGCUGGUUGUAUGUCUGUUUUGGCUAUAUGGGCGUAACAUAUUUCAUUUAGAUUUCGUUAGUAAAUUCUUAGGUGUUUAUAUUUCUUUCAUAAAAUGUAAUUUACAGUAAUGUUCUCAUUUUCUUUCUUAUGGCAAAUUUGUCAAAAUUCAUAGUACAACAUAAAUGAGAACGAGAUGGCAGCAAUGCUUGUCAGAGGCAAAGCCAACUAUUGAUAA